CAUAUUACGAUCUCAUUGUCGAGGGCUUGAGUUUAACGGUGUGUCUCUCGGUUACUAUUGUGUUGUUGAACAAGCAAGAAUGAGGGAGAUUGUGCAUUUACAGGCUGGACAGUGCGGUAACCAGAUUGGUGCCAAGUUCUGGGAAGUCAUUAGCGACGAGCAUGGAAUUGACCCCACGGGCAGUUACCAUGGCGACAGUGACCUUCAGUUGGACAGGAUUAAUGUUUAUUACAAUGAAGCCUCAGGUGGAAAAUAUGUUCCACGUGCUGUGCUGGUGGAUUUGGAGCCUGGUACGAUGGACUCUGUGAGAUCUGGACCGUUCGGUCAGAUAUUCAGACCGGACAACUUUGUUUUUGGCCAGAGUGGUGCCGGCAACAACUGGGCUAAGGGCCACUACACCGAAGGAGCUGAACUGGUGGACUCAGUUUUGGAUGUGGUGCGCAAGGAGGCCGAGAGCUGUGACUGUCUCCAGGGCUUCCAGCUCACCCAUUCCUUGGGUGGAGGCACGGGGUCUGGCAUGGGCACCCUCCUCAUCAGCAAAAUCCGAGAGGAGUACCCCGACCGUAUCAUGAACACCUUCAGCGUGGUGCCCUCGCCUAAAGUCUCCGACACGGUGGUAGAGCCCUACAACGCCACACUGUCUGUCCAUCAGCUGGUGGAGAACACAGACGAGACGUACUGCAUCGAUAACGAAGCCCUGUAUGACAUUUGCUUCCGCACACUCAAACUCACCACGCCCACAUACGGCGACCUCAACCACCUCGUGUCCGCCACCAUGAGCGGAGUCACGACCUGCUUGAGGUUCCCCGGCCAGUUGAACGCAGAUCUCCGUAAACUGGCAGUCAACAUGGUGCCCUUCCCCCGUCUGCACUUCUUCAUGCCCGGCUUUGCUCCUCUGACAAGCCGAGGCAGCCAGCAGUACCGCGCCCUGACCGUUCCUGAGCUCACUCAGCAGAUGUUUGAUGCCAAGAACAUGAUGGCCGCCUGCGACCCGCGUCACGGCCGCUACCUGACUGUUGCCGCUGUGUUCCGUGGCCGCAUGUCCAUGAAGGAGGUGGACGAACAGAUGCUCAACGUUCAGAACAAGAACAGCAGCUACUUCGUCGAAUGGAUCCCCAACAACGUGAAGACCGCAGUCUGUGACAUUCCACCCCGUGGCCUCAAGAUGGCCGCCACCUUCAUCGGCAACAGCACGGCCAUCCAGGAGCUGUUCAAGAGAAUUUCCGAGCAGUUCACCGCCAUGUUCAGGCGUAAAGCUUUCUUGCAUUGGUACACAGGAGAGGGUAUGGAUGAGAUGGAGUUCACAGAGGCCGAGAGCAACAUGAACGACCUGGUGUCCGAGUAUCAGCAGUAUCAGGAUGCCACCGCUGAGGAGGAAGGAGAGUUUGAGGAGGAGGGUGAAGAGGAGCUUGCUUAAGUUAACCAUUCGGUUUGUUUUUCCAUUUCAAAACUCAUGUCACUUUUUUUUUCCUCCCUUCAUUUACUGUUCUUUGCAACCUCGAGUUGUUCCUUUUUCACGUGAAUAAAGCAGAUACCAACGAA